CGCUGAACUAUAAAUAAUUGCCGAUGCGCGGUGCUACGCCACAGUCACAUUUCUGCACUCGUGUGGAUUUGAUUCUGAGCAAAAAAUGAAACUUCUCAUCGCUCUCGCCCUGGUGGCCGUUGCCAGUGCAGAUGUCUCCCAUCUGUUCUCGCACAGCAACAAUCUGCAGGAGGAUGGCUACGUCUACGAUCCACCAUCGAAUCCAAUUGUGAUCGAUGUGCCAUACGUGCCCAAGGAGUCGGCACCACCAACCGUCAUCUAUCAGGCGCCCAAGCCCACGCCUCCCCGCCCCGUGUACACCUCUCCCCCAGCAAAGGUCUACACCACAGCUGCCCCAGCCAAGGUGUACACUCCAGCUGUUCCCGCUGGUGACCUGAAGGAGGAUGGCUACCAUUAUGGCGAGCCAUCGAUCAAGUUCGAAACCUACGAGAAGCCCGUGGAGACUGCACCUGCACCAGUGUACGUCAAGCCCGUGGCACCCAAGGUCGAGUACCUGCCCCCAGCACCCGUGAAGAAGGUUGUGUACACUCCUCCUCCACCACCACCAGCGCCGGUUAAGAAGGUCGUUUACACUCCUCCUCCACCACCACCAGCACCCGUGAAGAAGGUUGUGUACACUCCACCACCACCACCGGUGUACGUGAAGCCCGCAGCACCCAAGGUCGAGUACCUGCCCCCUGCACCAGUGAAGAAGGUGGUCUACACUCCUCCUCCACCACCACCGGCACCUGUCAAGAAGGUUGUCUACACUCCUCCCCCAGCACCGGUUAAGAAGGUUGUGUACACUCCUCCUCCAGCACCAGCACCAGCUCCAGCUGGCAUCCUGAAGGAAGACGGCUACCACUACGGAAAGCCUUCGGUCACGUUCGAGAGCUACGAGAAGCCCGCUCCAGCUGUUGUUGUCAAGAAAGUUGUGACUCCCGCACCAGUCUACGUGAAGCCCGAGGCUCCAGUCUACGUGAAGCCCGAGGCUCCAGUCUAUGUUAAGCCCGAGGCUCCAGUCUAUGUUAAGCCUGUUGCACCAAAGGUUGAAUAUCUGCCUCCUGCACCCGUGAAGAAGGUCGUGUACACUCCUCCCCCACCACCACCAGCACCCGUGAAGAAGGUUGUGUACACUCCACCACCACCACCGAAGGUGGUCUACACUCCUCCUCCACCACCACCGGCACCUGUCAAGAAGGUUGUCUACACUCCUCCCCCAGCACCGGUUAAGAAGGUUGUGUACACUCCUCCCCCACCACCACCAGCACCCGUGAAGAAGGUUGUGUACACUCCACCACCACCACCGGUGUACGUGAAGCCCGCAGCACCAAAGGUUGAAUAUCUUCCCCCUGCACCCGUGAAGAAGGUCGUGUACACUCCUCCCCCACCACCACCGGCACCCGUGAAGAAGGUCGUGUACACUCCUCCUCCACCACCGGUGUACGUGAAGCCUGCUGCACCAAAGGUUGAAUAUCUGCCCCCUGCACCCGUGGAGAAGGUCGUGUACACUCCUCCUCCACCACCAGCGCCGGUUAAGAAGGUCGCUUACACUCCCCCACCACCACCAGCACCCGUGAAGAAGGUCGUGUACACUCCACCCCCACCAGUGUAUGUUCAGCCUGAGGGUCCCAAGGGCUACAGCUACCCCAACGAUCCGCAGCCAUCGUUCGACUAUUAGGCUAUUGUAGGCUUCUUGUAAAUAUAAAGAAUCUUCAUUAAGUAUUAGACAUAUUUUUGAACGAAUGGUGAAUGCAGUGGUUUGGGCUUUCGCACGAAAGACGAAUCCACUUGGAAUAACUGUAAAAAUAAACUAAAAGCAAUCGAAUGGAA